UUCGUCCGGCCCAUGGAAGGGAAAGAUUUCACUUUUGAGUACGUGCAGCGAGAAGCCCUCCGAAACCCCCUCAUCUUCCGAAGAUGCCAGACUCAGAUUUCACAGUGCGAGAUGUAAAGCUGCUCGUGGGAAGCCGUCGGAUCGUGGAUGUGAUGGAUGUGAACACGCAGAAAGGCAUUGAGAUGAGCAUGUCCCAGUUUGUGCGCUAUUACGAAACGCCAGAGGCUGAACGUGAGAAGCUCUACAACGUGAUCAGCCUGGAGUUCAGCCACACAAAGCUGGCAAGCAUCGUCAAGCGCCCCAAUGUGGUGGACUUAGUCGAUUGGGUGGACAACAUGUGGCCCCGCCAUCUAAAGGAAAGGCAGACAGAUGCCACCAACGCCAUUUCGGAGAUGAAAUACCCCAAAGUUAAAAAGUACUGCCUGAUGAGCGUGAAAGGGUGCUUCACGGAUUUUCACAUUGAUUUCGGGGGCACUUCAGUUUGGUAUCAUGUUUUUCGAGGAGGGAAGAUCUUCUGGUUGAUCCCUCCCACACUGCAGAACCUAGAACUCUAUGAGGAGUGGGUUCUCUCGGGGAAACAAAGCGAUAUAUUUCUGGGAGACAGGGUGGAGCGAUGCCAAAGAAUUGAGCUGAAACAAGGGCACACCUUCUUCAUUCCUUCAGGAAAAGUGGACAAGUUUUGA